AGCCUAAUCCCGCAAUUACAGAUACGAGAGAGAGAGAGCUUCCCAUCUCCUUCUCAACAAACCAAUCAAAACACCCUUUUCCCCAAUUUUUCUCAACCAAAAACAAUUCGUAAAAAAAAAAAAAAUUGUAAAUAGAGAGGCAAAUAAGGCGGGGAAAAGGAUCACGAUUUCACAAAAUUAGUGGGAAAAAUAUUCCAAUUCAUCGUGAGAGUUAAUUUGCAGAUCUGGUGUUAGGGAGCUGGAGAAUUGGCGUUGAGAAGGUUUAGGUUGAUGAGCUUAGGGGUUUAGAUUUUAGAUUAACCUAAUCCAGAGAGAGAGAGAGAGAGAGAGAGAGAGAGAGUAAAUGGGGAAGAGAAACAAUUUAAAGAGAAGAGUUAGAUCUAAGGAAAAGGGCUUAGAUGAGGAUUAUGUGAUAUCAGACGAAGAUGAAUCUGAAGGUGAUGAUCUGAAUGAGGAUUCUUUUGAUGGUUGUGCUGUGGAGGAGGAUGAGGUGGAGGUGGAGGAGGAGGAGGUUGUGCUGAGGAGCGUUGAGUGGCCGAAAGUGAAGACCGGUCCACGUGGCAAUCGGAAGAUCACGGGAUGCAGGUCGAGAAAGGUGGAGCAGGUUGUUGUUGUUGUUUCUGAUAAGGAAGAAGAUGAGGAUCUUGAUGAUGCUGAGGAGGAUGAGAGGGAGAGUGUGAAAGAGAUUGGUUUUGGUAAGAGGAGGAGAGUUUUCUAUGAGGUGGAAGAUGAAGAUGGAGACUAUCCAGAAGAGGAAGAUGUGAGCUGUGAAAAGGAAGAGAUGGCGUUGGAGGAGCAGGAGAAUGUGUCACAGGAGAAGGAGAAGGAAGAUGAUGGAGAUUAUGAUGAGGAUGAGGAUGGGGACGAAGAGUUUACCGCGGAUGAGGAAGAUGUCUCACUAGAUGAGGAAGAUGAGGAGGAAGAAACGCUCAAGGUUUGUAAGAGAAACAAGCGGAAGCAGAGAUCUAGAGGAGGAGGGCGUAAAAGAAGAAAUGUUGCAAGUGGAAGGAAGAGACGAGGGAAGAACGCAAAGGAAGGAGUUGAUGAUGAUGAUGGUGAUUUUGUAAAUGACUGCCUACCUGCAAGAAAGAGGGCGAGAUCAUUAAGACCAAGGCGUCGGUGUACUUUACAAUCAGAUUCAGACAUUGCCUCCUCUGGAGAGUCUGAUUACGAGUACACAAUCUCAGAGGAGGAAAGAGAGCAGGUAAGGGAAGUCAGUAGUCUAUUGAGAAGUAACGUGAAACACGUGUCAUCUACACGAAAAGCUACGGUCCACCCUCAGCUUCGUAAAUCACCUGUGAAGAAAAGUGAAAAGAAGGUAGAGAUAGUGAUGAAAAACGUUUGUGGGAUUUGUCUGUCUAAGGAAGACAUGAGGAGAUUAAAAGGAACACUGGACUGUUGUACUCAUUACUUUUGUUUCACUUGCAUUAUGGAGUGGUCAAAAGUAGAAUCUCGAUGCCCUCUGUGUAAGCAGCGGUUCAGAACAAUUAGUAAGCCUGCAAGAUCCACACAUGGUGUUGAUUUGAGAGAAGUCGUGAUACGUGUACCUGAACGUGAUCAGGUCUAUCAACCCACUGAGGAAGAGCUGAGGAGUUAUCUCGAUCCAUACGAAAAUAUAAUAUGCUCGGAGUGUCACCAAGGUGAAGACGAUGGGCUUAUGCUGCUUUGUGAUCUUUGUGAUUCAUCUGCUCAUACGUACUGUGUUGGACUCGGGAGGGAAGUGCCUGAAGGAAACUGGUACUGUGAUGCUUGUAGACCUGUUGCACUUGGAACAGCUAUCUUCCAGAUGCAUGCUACAUCCGAGCCACAAAGGGUGACUGGCUUUUACAGUAGACCAUCGCCUCUUGUUGUUUCAGGGCAAUAUCAAGAUCCGUCUUCGCUAGUAUCCCCACGUACACCUUUUUCCAGUGGAGAUUACCUUUUCUCUUCAAGGAAUGGUGAUGUUCAAGGCUCUUCUCCUUCCGGCUUAGGGGGAGCAACCACGUUGUCGAGAAGAAGGACGCUUCAUAGACACAUACAAAAUAUUAUCAACAGUGAUAGGCUUGUUAAUAUGGGGAGUAGUAGAACUGGUGGAUCAUCGAUGAUUGCUAACUCGAGUGAUGGCAGAGAAAGAGAACCGCCUCAACAUGUAGCGACCCUAGAAACAGGGAUGUCGUUGUAUACAAUCUCUGAGGAGAGAUUGCACAAUGAACCUGAGCUUUUGUCUCCGAAGUUAGAUCAUUUUGGAAGCGAUGAAGCAGCGAGACGUUUCUCUAGUAAUACAUUCCGUGGUGAUCGACCUAUUGAUUUAGAACUGCAUUAUGGAUUGGCUCAGGGUGAUCCUUUGUUUGGUAAUCAACAACAUCCACGCAGCUACAUGCCAAACACAAUGUCUUUGACGGGAGGAGAACGACUGCAACAAAGAGUUAAAGCCCAUCUCCAGAACUUGUCUCGUCAAAUCAACUUAGGUCACGCCACGUUUGAGGAGAUUUCCACGUGCUCAAUACACACGAUACUGGCAGCUUGUGGACUGGAACACAAGAGCAGUGAAGUCCACUUUGUCCCGCCGUCAGUGACGUGUCCUCACGAUGAUAUGAGACCUGGGAGCAGCAGUGGUAACAACAACAACAGCAGCAGCAGCAGCCUGAUGAAAGGGUGUUGCUCUUCUUGUUUUGAUUCAUUUGUAGAAGAUGUAGUUAAGAUGAUUCUGGACACAAGACAACCCCAUUGGUUGAGGUUAGGGCUCCACUGAGCUUUAAUUGUUUAGAUUUGUUAGAAAAUGAUUUUUCUUUUAACUCUUUUGUUCAGAUAUUGAACCUUAAUUUUUAGCCAUUUGUAUAUGAUAAAAGUGGGGGGCGAUUCAUUAUUAAGAGAAAAAAAUGAUUUUAUUA